AUGGUGAAGACCCAUGUCGUGGGGUCCAAAAGGUUAGACGACCCAAUGGUAAAGAUUUUUCAACUAGAUGAAAGAGCCCCUAUGGCAGAACCCAACCGUAGAGAACAAAACGGUGCAGACGCUGAAGGGGCUAAGGAACGCCCCCCCAUGUCGGCCAGCCAAACCAACUACAACAUUUACCUGCCAGACAACCAGCUGGAGGAUUACCUCUCCGAUGUGCAAAUCAGCAAAAACGAAAUGACCAUGCUGUAUGAAGAUAUGCAUCUGGGGAGGAUGUUCGAAAAUUUAGUGGCAAAACUAUAUUACAGUAAAAGGAUAAACGGGUUCGUGCAUCUGUACAAUGGGCAAGAAGCCAUCAGCUCUGGGAUUAUUAAAAAUUUGAGGCCCUCAGAUUUUGUAACGAGCACGUAUAGAGACCACGUGCAUGCCAUUAGCAAAAAUGUUCCUCCGAGGAAGAUCCUUAAUGAGCUGUAUGGGAACUACUAUGGAAGCACCAAUAGGGGGAAGGGUGGCUCUAUGCACAUUUACAGCAAAAGUGAAAACUUCGUUGGGGGCUUCGGCUUCAUCGGCGAGCAGAUCCCCAUCGCAGUUGGGUUGGCCUACAGCAUUUUGUACAAGCGGGAGUUCCCCCAGGGGGGGGCGGAAGUCCGAAGCGGGGCGGAAGCACUAAGUGGGACGGAAGCCCUAGGUGGGACCUCCUCACCGAGUGGAGCCGCCCCCCCGCUUGAAGACGCCGACGUGGUGGCGUGCUUCCUGGGAGACGGGACGGCCAACAUCGGGCAGUUCUUCGAGUCCCUGAACCUGGCGGCCACGUACAACCUGCCAAUCUUGUUCGUGAUAGAAAACAAUAACUGGGCGAUCGGGAUGGAGGGCUCAAGGAGCUCCACCGAUGACCUCCAAAACAACUACUCUAAGGGAAAGGCCUUCAACAUAGAGACUUAUAAAGUGGACGGAAACGAUGCCAUCUCGAUUUACAAACUGGCAAAGAAAAAAAUAAAUCAAAUGAGAAGGAGAGAGUGUGGACCGGUACUCAUCGAAGCAAUCACCUACCGAGCGAAGGGACACUCCCUUGCAGACCCAGAUGAACUUAGAAUACACGAAGAAAAAGCGUCUUGGAAAAAAAGAGAUCCAAUUGUACAUUUGGCUAGCUACAUGAAAAAAAAAAAUAUCGUUGAUGAGUCCUUCUUUGAACAAGUCAAAAAAAAAACGAAACAGAUUCUGCUGGAAGCUGAAAUGGACGCUGACCAAAAUAUGAAGAAGAGCCAAGAUGUUAACAUCUGCCAACUGUUGAGGGAUAACAUCUUCGCUCCCUCGGAGGGGGCCCCCUUCCAGGCGGAUUACCACCAGUAUGCCACGUAUGACCCCCUGAGUGACUCCGAGCUGGGGGAGUAUUACGAGGCUCUUCGGCGGGAGGCGGACAGGAAGCUGCACAACAGGAAGCCGGACCCCUCCGAGCACUUCGCAAGCAGGGACCUCCCCCUGCUCAUCGAUUAG